GAUGUUGUCAACAGCAAUGGCGGAUGCAGAAGUACCCCAGGGCAGCUGGGAGCGGGACCUGGCAGAGGCUUUGGAUUCAGGGGGCUGUGAUCUGGAAACGGUGCGAAACAUCAUCCAGGGUCGAGAGCUGCCUGACCCACAGAGGGCCAAGAUAUGGAAGAUCGCUCUGAACGUCGCUGGGAAAGGGGAUAGCCUUUCAUCAUGGGAUGGGGCCUUGGACCUGCCCGAACAGACUGUAGUUCACAACAGGUGCCAGCAGCUGAUUGAUCAGCUGGAGGUGGCCAAAGAUGAGGGGACAGACAUGCUGGCUGAUGUGGAGGCAGUUAUUACCUUUUACUGUAAGUCCCGGAGCAUUACCUUCAGUCCGGAGCUCAGCUGGCCAGACCUGCUGAAGCCCCUGCUGGGCCUGCCACUGCCGCGCAGCGAUCUCUACAACUGCUUCUACGCCCUCAUGAACAAGUACAUCCCCAGGGACUGUGUGCGGAAAGGUCGACCGUUCCACCUCUUCAGGCUGCUGCUGCAGUACCAUGAGCCCGAGCUCUGCUCUUUCCUGGACACCAAGAAGAUCACCCCCGACUCCUACGCCAUCAGCUGGCUGGGCAGCUUGUUCGCGAGUCACUGCAGACCUGAGGUCACCAGGGCCAUGUGGGACGUCUACCUGCAGCAGGCCGACCCCUUCCUCAUAUUCUUCCUCAUGCUCAUCAUCCUCGUCAAUGCGAAAGACAGCAUUCUCACUCAAGAAGGAGACAAUAAAGAAGACAUUAUCAAGAUGCUGGAAGGCUCCCCUGCACACCUGGAGGCUGAAGACAUUGAGGACCUGUUCUCACUGGCACAGUACUACUACAGCAAGACCCCAGUGUCACUCAGGAAGGAGAACCAGAACUUGUUUGGCAGCAGUUUGGUGGCCCUGAAAGAGGAGGACAUGGACCUGAGCCAGGCCCUGUGCCUGCCUGUGUCUGUCCCCGAGAUCCUGCAGGCCAACCAGCUGCAGCCGGAGGGGGUGCGGUUCUUUGUGGUGGACUGUCGCCCAGCGGAGCAGUACAACGCCGGCCACCUCUCCACCGCCUUCCACCUGGACUCUGACCUGAUGCUACAGAACCCCUCCGAGUUCGCCCUGUCGGUGAAGUCCCUGCUGGAGGCGCAGAAGCAGUCCCUGGAGUCAGGCUCCGUCGCCAGCGGCGAGCACCUCUGCUUCAUGGGCAGCGGGCGUGAGGAGGAGGACAUGUACAUGAACAUGGUGCUGGCGCACUUCCUGCAGAAAAACAAGGAGUAUGUCAGCAUUGCUAAAGGGGGAUUUAUGGCUCUGCAGCAGCAUCUGGCUGAUAUUAACGUGGAGGGCCCAGACAAUGUGUAUGUGCACUGGAUCGUCAGCACCUCGGGGUCCCAUGGUAGCCUCAGCUCUGCCGACGGGGAGACUGUGAACGGUGUUGGGGACAGUAAAGGAGUUAAGUCACUGGUCAACAAGAUGACCUUUGCCCUUAAGUCCAAAUCCGUGAACGUGAAGGAGAAGGUCAUCAGCUUCAUCGAGAACACCUCUGUCCCAGUAGACAGAAUGUCUUUCACUCUGCCCUGGCCAGAGAAGGGGAAUCUGGAUCGGCACGUCAGCAGCAGUGACCGUAUAGGGAAGCCCUACAGGGGGGUCAAACCGGUGUUCAGCAUCGGAGACGAGGAGGAGUACGAUACGGAUGAGAUCGACAGCUCAUCAAUGUCUGACGACGACCGCAAGGAGAUAGUGAGCAUUCAGACCUGGAUCAACAAGCCAGACGUCAAGCACCACGUGCCAUGCAAUGAAGUGAAGGAGACAGGGCACAUGUUCCCAAGUCACCUGCUGGUCACGGCCACCCACAUGUACUGUCUGCGGGAGAUCGCCUCGCGGAAGGGCUUCGCCUACAUCCAGUCCCGCCAGCCGCUCAGCUCUGUGGUCAAGAUCACCUCCAAGAAGAAGCACCCGGAGCUCAUCACCUUCAAGUUUGGGAACAGCAACACGGAGGGUGUGGAGGUGCUGGCAGUGGAGAGGUACCUGAUACCAAACGCAGGCGAUGCUACCAAGGCCAUCAAACAGCAGAUCAUGAAGGUGUUGGAUGCGCUGGAAAGCUCGUAGCUGUGUGGGGGGUGAACGACAGCGCCCCCAGCUGGCAGCGUGAGGAAUUGUAGAGCGGUCAAUGCGAAAGAGAAGGAGAGGGUGGUGGCCUACGAUGUUUGAUACUAAGCCCAGCCCCCCUGUGGGAAGGGAGGCCCCAGCCUCAGGGCUUCAGGCCUUCGGAGCUGUGGGGUCGCAUGUGAGACAAUGAUACCCAUUGUUUCUCUUUAAAAAAUAUGAUUUCAAAAAUUAUUUUUUGUUACCUUUAAAAAACCAAAUUAUUGAAAGAUGGUGGGAUGUGACUGGGGCUAAGCUGAAUUUUACUGGUUUGUAAGGCGCCUUUCUGUCGCCUUGGAAAUAGCUCCUCAGCGCUGCUCUUUAACAGGCAAAUGCACAGGACUUAACGAUGACAGAGAGGCUUCAGGAACUCUGUGGAGGAUUUCUGAUGGGAAGGUCAGACAUUGACUACUUUUUUUUUAAUUUAAGCAUCCAGUAAUUAUUUUGGCAUCUGUGACUACUGGCUGAGUGAUGGCUGAAGAGUGUAGAUAUUUGUGUUUGACAGCUAUCUCAGAGAGCAGGUUUGAAAGGGGGCACCGAAAUUCAUUCCCCUUACCCUGAAGGUCUUAAUCUGGGUAUCAGAGAUGCGAGGGUGGUGUUUACUUUUCACACAGGCCACUCCUGUACACAGGUGAAGAGAGAACGUGACACAGAGCACCUUGACGUAGAGGUGGUGUUCAUUGUGAUUGGACUAGCAUUAUGUCCCUCCUCAAGAAAAGACUGAAGUUUCCGCGUAUUCGAGGGGGAUUGAAUGUUUGCGAAGGGGGUGUUCUUUCACAUUCACCCUCUAAAAGUUCUGACUCAGUUUGUCGCAGGUGUCCAUAUUUUGAAAUGUGUCGUUCAAAGUUGUUUUUGGCUUCUGGCCUUAACCUUGAAAUGAAGAGGGUUGGUGUAGCUACUGUAAAUACUGUAAACUGGUGUUAUAUAUGAACACACUUUAGGAGGAAGUCAACAGGGCAGGCAAGGUGAGCGAGUGGCAUUUAACCUGUUUCUGACUGAAUAACUCGGUGUAUUAAGGCUCAGUUUGAGGAGAAACCGCACAGCUCUGGUUUUAGGGGUUCCCUGUUUUCUGACACGCUGCCCCUUGCAGCUAUGCCUAAGUGUGAUAUGGAGUGAUAUGUAGUAUUGACCAGAAUGAUCAGAAUGAAGCUUGAGAGAAAGUAUCACAUUAUUUUGAUUGAAAGAAAAAAAAAUCCUGCUCUCCAAACUUUUUAUGGCUUUCCUGUUGUAACUGGGUUUGUAUGUUCAGGAUUCUGUACCCUGUGAUCCCCCCACUGGAAAUUUGGCAUUGUUGCGAUUCUGUUUCUGGACUCGCUCCAGCCGGACUCAUUCACAUAAAGCUGUAAUGGAGAAGAGUCUGGGCUGGACACCAGCUUCCUGUCCGUCUCCCACACACUAUGCAAACAGGAAGAGGAGGAGGGAUAUGCAGGCGAUGCUAACCCCCCACCCCAUGCUCAAAGCAGUGAAUUCAUUUUCAAAUAGGCCAUAUCAAAUAGCUUCAGCUUUUUCUUUCUGAAUUUCCUGGGACAGUUUAUUUUGUUAAAUGCACCUUAUAAUACCAUUUUUGUAACCCUCUUUGUUGUAAUAAAUUUACA